GUGACUUGGGUUCCGAGAGUGCCUCUCUAUUGCUGUACAGAAUAAACAGGUUGCAAUUUCACGACUUGUGUGUGAUUUUGGCUCUUGCACCAGGUGAACGAUCCAGCAUUUCCCUGGGCAAACCCACAGCCUGGCCUACACAGCUAGUAAGAAAGCGCACGGCUUAAGGGUUUCGUUUUCGUUCUUGGCUGCCAGGCAGACGCCGUGACCUGCAAGGUGGAUCCGGAAAUGUGACUUGUUUUGCACAGGUUCGCUUUCCUUCGGCUGCCAUCCCGGUCCGGUGAGGCACUUGGAGCUGGCAAAGCCCGCCUUGCAGCUGCAGCUGGGCUCAACUGCUGCGCCGUUGCUGCCCCGGAUGCGUGGCUCUGCGGACGCCGGGUGGGGCCGGCCUAGGUCCUUUCGGGAGGGGAGCGGCGUUUCGCUGAAACGCAUUUCGGAUAAAACCCGCGAGCGGGGUGCAGAGGGCGGCGGCGGCGGCUACUCCCUCUAUUGAAAAUGCCUGAUGGCGGCCAGCGCGGGAGGGAAGGGGGAGACCCGCUUCUCGCCGUUGGGGAGGGUCUGGCGGCGGGGUAGCCCUUGCCGAGGCGCUUUCGAUGCAGCGGUUCAGGGGCGGAUCUGCUAAUACACCCAGCUGCAAAGCCACAACGUGCCUCUAUAGCAGUCUCCUAUGUUUGUACUAUGUGUUUACUAGCAUUCUUAUGGCAAAGUUGGCUGGGGUGAAGACAGGAAUUGCAUUCCAACCGAUUUGCAAGGUCUGGGCUGCCCAGUCUUGUUUUGCAACUUGUGGAAAAGUGGACUUUUAGUUAGUCAAGAUAGGAGCUUCCUUUACCUGGUCGUCCUACAACUGUUUCAGUUGAAAAGUUUGCAAGGCUGCUGUUGCUAACAAAUAGAGAAGUCGGAUGCUAGUUAUCAUUUCCACAAAUCUGCUUAUAAUAAAUGGAAACAUGCCAUUGACAAAACAGCUUUGAGUAAAAUGGUAGUUAAAAAAUAAUUGUAGUUAGAAACUUGACUGACGCUUCUAAUCCUCAGACAUAAAAGGACGGUAAGAUUGCAUGUGAAGGGAUAUAGCUACAGUGACCAUAUUUUCUUGGAAAAAAUAAAGGACAAACCUGAAAAAGGGGGAAAUCUGAAAGAUAGGCCAGUGAAGGAGGCAUUGCAGUGCCGCUAGAUAUUUUAUAGAGGGAAGGUAAAUACCCAUACAUAGAUCCUUGGCACGGCUGAAGUUAACUUCAGUAUUUUUAAUUCCAAAAUCUGGUUUAUGGUUAAUUUCCCUUGUAUUGCCCAUUCUCAGACCCCCAAAAUUGUAUCUGACUUAAUCUGGAACUGUUCAAGUUACACCAGCUCUUUGACUUCCUGGACCAUAUUGGCUCCUGCAUGUUUGUACCAGGUAUAACACACUCUUUUUACCUGGUGAGCAAACAUCUGGUAGGAAUCAGGUGCCUUCUGCUGUAGAGACCAGAAGCACCUUCUGGCAUUUUCUGGUGCCAGUUGUAGCUGGAUUUCACCAUGGUUUUGAAUAGUGCAUAGCUGCUGUACUGCUCCAAACCAUUCUGUAUGCCUGGUUAAAUGUGGUCUCAGCCUGAAUUCCCAGCUUCUGCUCUUGUUUUAAAAAGACAAUACUGCCUUCAUGAUCCCAAGCCUGGCCUUAGUUGGUUUCAGUGUGAAUUGAACUCAGACAUGGCUGUUGGUAAGUGAAUGUGGGGUGGUUAACUGCCUAUUCACUACAGGUUGUAAUUUGGGUCCCCUGUAUUCCAUCCAUCUGCCAAGGUUAUGCACAAUCCAUUCUGAAUGCCAACAGUUACUUUGUUUUUUCUAGCCCCUAAAAUAUGCUUGUUUUUUUAGCUUGACUGUGACCUUGCUAUGGACACAGGAGGAGGAAAGAUGAAGGACUUGCUAGUAGAUGCUUUAGAACAUCUUGAGAAAAAAGACAUUAAGAUGUUUAAGUCUAAGCUGCGACAUGUAGCAGCUCCUCGGGGAAAGAAUAUUCCACGUGGUCGGAUGGAAAAUGCAGACUGCUUGGAUCUGGUGGAGCUCCUUGUUGAAUUCUAUGAAGAGAAGGCUGCUACCCUAAUGAUAACUAUCUUGGAAGACAUGGGUUUCAAGAAAACUGCUUCUUAUCUCAGCAAAGAGCUCAAGGGUCAAAUUCAUGGUUACAAAAAAAAGUACGCCAGGUAUGUGAAGGAAGAAUGCCAAAUGACAGAAGAAAGGAACAGUCUAUGUGGUGAGAGCAUUCCUUUGAAUUCAUGCUAUGCAGAGUUGCUUAUUAUCAAGAUGCAUCAGCCUCAGAAGCAGAAGGAACAUGAACUCCUUGCCACUGGCAGGUUGCACCUGGAGAUCCUGAGAACCAACAGUGAUUAUUUAUCAACUGAUAUUGAAGAUUUAUUUGAGCCUGAAGUAUCAGGAAUAAUUCCAAAAACAGUAGUGCUGCAAGGACCUGCAGGGAUUGGGAAAAGCAUGACUGUGCAGAAGAUCAUGCUGGACUGGGCUGCUGGGAAGCUCUAUUCAGAUAUGUUUGAUUAUGUGUUUUGCAUUCGUUGCAGGGAAUUGAACUUUGCUGAGAAAGCCAGCAGCUUGGCUGAUCUUAUUGUUGAGCAGUGUCAGGACAGAGAUGCCCCAGUGGAAGAAAUCUUAGCCUACUCUGAAAAGCUGCUUUUUAUCAUUGAUGGUUUUGAUGAGCUUCCUUGCUUUUUAGAACCUGAAGGAGGUUACUUGUGUGACAAGCCUAAUUUAAAGGUGCCUUUGGAAAGUAUUCUAAACAGCCUACUGAGGAAGAUACUCUUGCCAGAGUCCUUCCUCUUAAUCACCACAAGGCCUGGUGCUCGAGAGAGAUUGCAGCGGAGAUUGAAGUUUCCCAGGUUCACUGAAAUCGUUGGCUUCUCUGAAAAAGGUCGCCGUGAAUAUUUUUUCAAGUUUUUUGAAGAUGAGCGGAAAGCCAAUAUUGCACUGAGAUUUAUUGAAAAUACUGUUGCAGUGUCUACCAUCUGCUUCAUCCCAAUGGUGUGCUGGAUCAUUUGUUCUGUGAUUAAAAUAGAAUUGGAAACUGAAGAUGAGAUUGCAGAUACCUUGGACACCACAACAAAAGUGUUUGUGCAGUUUUCUCAUAUUCUCCUUAAACAUGAUAAUCCCAGAUGGAAAACCUCCCCUCACAAUGAGUUCAGAAAACUUUGUUCUUUGGCGAGAGCUGGCAUAAUGCAACAAAAAAUCCUCUUUGAAGAGCAGGAUCUGAAGGAACAUAGCUUGGAUGUUUCUGUUCUAAAAGACCUCUUUUUAGAUAAAAGAGCAUUCAGGAGGGGUUUGGGCUGGUGCAAUCUCUACAGUUUUUUCCAUCUUUGCUUUCAAGAGUUUUUUGCUGCCAUGUGGUACAUACUGCCAGAGGAGUCAACAGAAGAGAUGGAUAACAUUAUGGGGGACUUGCAGAGAUUAUUGGUUGAAUGGGAGAAGCCACAUAAUCAGCAUUUUGCACUAACUGUGUGUUUCGUAUUUGGCCUGACAAGUGAAAAGAUGCACAUCUUCUUUGAGCAAACCCUGCAGUGCAAGACUUCUGACUUUGUAAAGCCUCUCUUAUUGCAGAAAGUAGAAGAAGUAGCUGCUGAGGAACUUCUUCAGCAAGGCUACUGCCUGCUAAAUUUUUUUCACUGUUUGUUUGAGAGCCAGGAGCCAGAAUUUGCAAGGCGUGCAAUGCAUCAUUUCCAAAGUAUUGACCUUUCCAACACACUGUCUGUGUUAGACUGCAAAGUCCUGGCAUUCUGUCUGCAGCAUAGUACAAUUGAGGAUCAUUCCCUUACCUUAAAUUUCUGCAGGUUGAAAUCUCAUCACAUCAAAGCUUUGGCUCCAGGAAUUAAGAACUGUACAACUUUACAGUUUGGAGAUAAUAAACUUGGAAACUCAGGAGUGAAUGUUCUCUGUACCAUUCUGAAGGAACUGGGCUGUAAUUUGACUAACUUGAAUCUUGAUCGCAAUUACCUCACAGAUGCUGCUGCCCAAGAACUUUGUGCUGUUCUCAGAACUAGCCACACACUUUACAGUCUAGAACUUCGAGACAACUCCUUCACAGAGAACUCUGUCCCAUUCUUUCAAGACUUGAUGAAAAAUUGCACCAGCUUGGCUAUUGUAUGGUUGUCAUCAAAUAGGUUUAAUGAAAAAGGACGAAAAUGCCUGGACCUGCAAGCAAAAAAGAUAACUGAAUCAGGACGUGGCUUUCUCUUAUGGAUAUGACUAUAUUCUGUCAUGGCAUCUACAGAAUAAAAAGCAAUCAAUCCCUAAUUUGACGGGCUUGAUUAUAUUUGCUGAAGGAGAGUUCGAAAAGGAGAACAUUUUCAAGGAGAUAUUCCCACAAGGUUAUACCAAUUUCAGUUAUUGAAACCAGUUUUCAGACAAAAGUGUUGACAUGAACAAUCAUUAACAUUUUAGAAUAUUUGGCAUUUUGCUUUCUAGGACAUCACUUUCUUUGAAAAACAUUAUCUUCCAAAAUUUAGGAAAAUGGCAAAAAUAAUUCUCUUUCACCAAGAUUUUAACUAUUGAUUCUAAUGUUUAUAUAAGCAGAAAGGUGGAAUAUGAAUGUAGUAGUAAAUCAGUAAAAAUAAAAUUGGUGAAGCCAGUUUUUUUCAGUUCCUAUUUUCAGUCUAAUCAGAGUGAUUUACAAAUUAUAUACUGUAAGAUAGGCAGGGGAGAUAUCUGUGUUUGAACUGAUAUUUUGAGGAAGAGAGUCUGAAGAACUAAAGCAAAUAAUAUUAACAGUUGACCUUAAUGACAAUUUAAAAUAACCAAAUAAUUGGUCCAAGAUUAUUUCCACUAGAGUAUUCUUAACAUUGAUACAGUAAUGCUGACCUAACAAACAUGUAUCCUGGUGGAGAUAUGUCUAUGUGGUCACUAAAAGUUGACACUGACUUGAUGGCACAUAAUUGAUCAACAAAGAUGUAUAAUUUGUAAGACUGGCCUCUGUAUCAGAGAAUUAGGAAGUGGCCAAAGUAAUACCAGUUUCAAAAAGUAAUGUUGAAUCUGGGGGAAAAGGUGACUUCCUACAAAAAUUUUAAAAAAUUGUCAUUAAUAUUGUAAUACCAUUACAAUCCAUAGUAUGACCACAGUUGGAAUACUACAUACAGCGCUCUUUGGUUCUUGAUGCGAAACUAUAGCAGUAGGCAACAACAAGCACCUUACUAAAAGAGCCAAGAAAGGCACAAACAAAGUAGUUGAUCCCUUCUCAAAGGCUGGCAUGAUGUCAGGGCCCCAGCAACAUUCAGUAUUCAAAACAUUGGAAAGACGUUAGUAAGUAGGACUCAGGGAACCCAAAUGGUCUGAUGGACUGAAAGGCAGGAUAUUUGAAGUAAGCCUUGCUGACCUACAGAAUGAUGAAGUUGCCUUCUGUCGAUUCAAACUGAUCACACAAUGUCAUCUCUCUUCUAAAAAAAUAAAAUAAAAUUAUAGAGUUAAGGUGUUGAAAAGAAUCUGAUUUUGACAGAGGUUCCUAUCCAUGUGCUCUUUCUAUCUUGCCACCAGUUUCAUCAUCUGAUGGCUUUCCACCACCACCACCUUCACUAUGCAGUUCUGUCAAUUUGCCCAAUUUCCAUGUAGUUUUUCUUGUAGCAGUAUAGCUCGCUAUGACCUUUGCCCAAACAUUUUCUUCCUUUUUGUUUUCGCAAUCUAGCCUACAACCCUGGGAUAUUGCAGGCUUCUAUGGUGGUCAUUGCCUGUCUUUUCCCUUUCCUUUCAGGAAUUCUUGCCAAUGGCUGGGAGUGGGGUGGCCAACCUAUCCAGUAGUAUGUAAAUUAUAUCUAGUGAAGGACUUCAUUACAAUCAAUACACAAGAGUAGAGGUUCCUCUGAGAUGUUAAUACUACAUGAAGCACUCUAGGAAACAGUUUUAUCAAUAUUGUAUUAUUUAAAUUGUAUUUGUUCCAAUUAUUUUUUCUGUGUAAUAA